AUGUCGUUUUUAGGGAACUUACAACAGAAAGUUCCAUUUUUUGAUAGGAUUGCAGAAAGCUUCACCCCUGCAUUGACUAGAGAUGAACGUUUCAAAUUACAAUAUAGACUUCCCCCUGAUGAGAAAAUUCUAGAUGACACGAACGCAGACAUAUCAUUCGUUGGAGCUUUUAGCAAAGCUCAUGCAAGGAAAGAAUCUGGUCAAACGAUGGCCUAUGUAUAUUCAGGGAAAUUAUAUUUGACACCUCAUUUUUUGGUCUUUAAAGACACGUUUGAUGAGAAUUCCUGUGAUAUGACUCUUAAUAUAUCCACUGUGAAAAGAGUGGAGAGAGCUCCCGAAACUUCAUAUGUAUUUGCAUUAAAUGUUACAUUGUAUAAUGGUACAAAGAUAUUAAUACAAUUCUUGGGGUUGCGUUAUAGAUCAGAACAGUUUUGUAAUCUAUUGAAAGAUAAAUUAAAAGAAAAUAUCCCUGUAGCAAAGAAAUUACCAUCAUUUUUAGAUACUUGUUACUCUGAAUUUCUAAUUAAUAAAAAUGUUUUGAAAUUGACAGAUAUUAAUACUCCAAAGGCUGGAUUAGGCCAGAAAUAUAAAUAUCCAGGGAAUCCUCAAUUGUCUCAAGAAAAGAUGAAAUUACGACUAUGGUUUGAUUAUUUUAAGGAAAAUGGGUUGAAUUUAGCGAUAGUGAAAAAUCAUAUAUUUCAAAAAUUAAUUAGAGUCGGUGUACCAAAUAGAAUGAGAGGGGAGAUAUGGGAGUUAUGUUCAGGUGCUUUAUAUUUACGUUAUGCUAACUCUGAUGAAUAUCAAAAUAUUUUAGAGGAAAAUCAGGGCAAAAAAUCCAGGGCUAUCGAUGAGAUUGAAAAAGAUCUGAAUAGAUCUUUACCAGAGUAUACAGCAUAUCAAAAGGAGGAAGGGAUCUCAAGAUUAAGAAACGUGCUAACUGCAUAUUCUUGGAAAAAUCCAGAUGUUGGUUAUUGUCAAGCUAUGAAUAUUGUGGCAGCUGGGUUAUUAAUAUUUAUGACAGAAGAGCAAGCUUUUUGGUGUUUAACUACUCUAUGUGAAAAUUUUGUCCCUGGUUAUUAUUCAAAGACAAUGUAUGGUACCUUAUUGGAUCAAAAGGUUUUUGAAACUCUUGUUUCAGAAAGAUUACCUGAAUUAUGGGAUCAUAUCGAAGCAAAUGAUAUCCAGUUAUCUGUAGUAUCCUUACCGUGGUUUUUAUCAUUAUUUUUCACUUCAAUGCCGCUAGAAUUUGCCUUUAGAAUCAUGGAUAUAUUCUUCAUGAAUGGCUAUAGAACAUUAUUCCAGGUAUCUUUAGCUAUUUUAAAAGUUAAUUCAGAAGAUUUAUUACAAGCUGAAGAAGAUGGUAUGUUUAUUGCUAUCUUGAAAAAUUAUUUCAGAACUUUAGAUGAGAGUGCACAUCCAGAUUCAGAUGAUCCUAAAUUUAAACAUAUCACUAAGUUUCAAGAAUUAUUAGUUACUGCAUUUAAGGAAUUUAAUAUUAUUACAGAUGAAAUGGUGUCGCAAGAAAGAAAUAAGCAUAGAAAGAGGGUGUUUGAAAAUAUUGAAAUAUUUGUUAAGAAAACUCAAGUUCGUCAAAUGCCUAAGACUUUCCACUUAAAGGAAUCAGAUUUAUCAAAUAUUUAUGAAAUAUUUUAUCAGAGUGUGGAAACAUAUAAAAUUAGUUUAGGUACAGGAUCAGCAAAUAUGAAUUUUGAAAUAUUUUCUCAAUUUUUAGGUAAAUUUUGUGAUUGGUGUAAACCAACAAGUAAUGAUACUGAUCCAAUCUUCAUUCAACAAAAGAAUGAUUUCUUACAUAAACUAUUCAACGAUUGGGAUGUAAAUGAAGCAGGUGAAUUGACGUUGAAUAAUGUUAUUUCAGGUUUAGAUAAAUUAGUUACUAAGGAUUUGAUGGAGUUAUUAACUUAUUUUUUUUCAUUAUUUGAUGGAGACAAAGAUGGAGAAUUAAAACGUGAAGAAGUUUUACAAAUGUCAGAGGCGUUAUUAUUCUUAACUACUCCUUGGAAAUCUGGAAUCUAUGUUGAUGAUUUAACUUUGAAAACUAUAGAAAUGGAUAUUGCUGACAACAUCAUUAAAGAAAAUGGUGAUUCAUUAAAUUCUAUGGAAGAUUUAACGUUGCCAACGGGUGUAACAAUCAAUGAAGAAAAAUAUAAAAAUGAGCAAAUUGAACGCUACUUAAAAGCUGCAAGUAAUUUCUUAAAGAGAUCUUUUGAAUACGCAAAAAGUUUAGAACUGCCGGAAGAUUUUAAUUUAAUUGAUUUAUCUGAUAAUGAAGAAGAUGAUAUUAAAAAGAAGAAAUUUGAAUCCAUUAAGCAUAAUGCUGCUUUGGAUCCUGCUCAUCCAAAGGCAAUCGAUGUGGCCACUUUUAGAAUGAUUAUCUUAGCUGAUGAAACAUAUGAAAUAUUCUUUGGUCGUACUUUAAGAGAAUCUAUACAUGUAGAUGAGCCUUGCGAUGCAGAUCCAUCUAAGAAUAGAGCUUUAAGAGGCAUGUUUGAUGGUAUAAUAGCAGAUGGUAGAAGAGUAGCAGCCCAAGUUCGUCGUCGUGUUGAUUCAGUCGCUACUACCAAGAGUGCAGCCGCAUCAAUUCAUACUACAGGUCAUUCAGAAACUACUAGUAAUUUUGCCAAUACAUCCAGGGAUGAUAGAUUCGAAGACUUGGAUGACUUCAGUUCUGAGCUGCAGGAAGAACAUGAAGAUUUACUAGAUAGUCCAUGGGUAGAAAUGACAAUGGAAAAGGAAGAUAGCGAAGGUCCUGAAAGAAAGUUGUUAAAUAUUCCUACAAAGAAAGAGAAUAUUGAACAGCCAGAUGAAUCUCAUAAUCUUUUGGAGUUUGAAGCUUGA